AUGUCCCUUCUGCCGCAGCAUCCCUAUCCCCAAAUCCUAACAGGGACGGGUCCAGGAAUUGCAAAUCAGCCCAGACAGCCCACUAUGUGGAUCCGUCCCUUUGUGCCUAAAGUUUGCAAUUUGAUAGCAUCCGGUAUAAUGGGGGAUUGGAAUAAAUCUCAACCUUCUGCCUCCACCGAUUUGCUCCCCUACGCUCUCCCCUUGGAUCGAAAUGUUAACUUAUCCCGUUUCAUCGAAACGUUCACUUCAAGCAACCAUGAGGUCCUGCACGAUGUACAGGAGGUCGAGAAAUCUAGGCGCCAACUGUGCGAGAGAAUAGAGAUGGAGAUACCUCCGAGCGACGUGGGCAAGAUAUCGGUGAUGAAUAAUUCUCUUGCCGUGCUUUCCGCCCAGCAAAUGCAACUUGUCGAUUUGAUGCGUUCAAUGUCGGAGCAGCUUCGCUUAAUACAAUCAAUGUCGGUGCAAAUCCAACAGGCAGAUAAUCCUUACCCAAGUGGGUGCGAUGAUUAUGAACCUAAAGAAGAAGAAACCAGUAUGGAUGAGAGUUUUUCUAUGGUGAACCGUAGGAGAAUGGCAAGGAAAGAAGCUGGGUGUGGAAUAGCUGCCAGGGCGCUAUAA